AUGACCUUCACGCAGACCGGUUUAUGGGUCGUAUUGUUCGGCAUGUACUUCUUCAUCAUAUCCUCCCAGAUGAUGGUCCUGAUCCCAGAAAUGUGUGGACAGCGGUUCUGUUUGGCCAACGCCAUUCUUGUACACUGGUUUGCGCUUAUGAGUGUGGCGUGGACAGUGGUGCAGACAGUACGAAUCGUGCAGCUAACACGCUACCCUGAAGAAUACGGCAGGCGGGAGCCCAUUCCUGGUGACACGUAUGGCGGCUUCCGGAUCCGAGCUUGGCUGGCAGCCACAGUUCUUCCCUGUCUGUUUCCAUUUCUCGCUUCCAUGCCGCAUUUUUCUGAUACUCUCGCAACAAUCGUUGGUGGUUAUGGUUACGGAAAUCAUGAGAAAUGGUGCUGGUUAGACGGCGAUCAUUCGUGGAUUCCAUGGGUGACCUUUAUUACACCCCUAUCUAUCGCAGGGGUACUAAACAUAUCCGCUGUAUUAUUUUACGCUUUUACCUCCAAGAAGCGUCAGAAAAAACUGUCAAUCCCAUAUACACGCGCCGCCGCGCAACCGGAUACUGUUAAACAAAAAGUCCAUGGGAUCAUCAUAACCACGGGACUAAUGGGAUUGAUCUGGUUGGGCUUGUGGUUGGCGCUUUUAUCCUGCUACGUCGAUGAAAUUCUUCAGUAUGUCUUUGUUCUACUGCUGACGGUGGCCUGCGGAUCGCAGGCCGUUUAUAUCAUUAUCUUCCAAGCAAUUAUUCCGGAAAAGCGAAAGAAACGUUCAGUGCGCUCUUUCUCGAGUCUGAGCGGCACUAUAUCAGCGCAGCUGCACGACACCACUGCGCCGAUUCUCAUUGGGCGUCCUGACAAAGAUUAUUUUCUGGAGUUAUUAGUUCACCAUUAUCGCGAUGACUCUCCCGAUUUCAUCCCAAAAUGGCAGAUUUGGGGUAGCAAGAGAGAUUACGCGGGGUUUCUUGGUUCAAACCUAUGGAUCUAUGUGGUCGCGGAAUACGCUACUGAUUCUCAAUUUGCACUGACAUUCCAAGCGCAUCAUGGCGAUACCUGCAACCGCACAUCCAUCGAUCUCGACAAUAUAGUCACAGAGGCUGCAGUUCCGGCUGCUUGCCCAUUCGAUGAAUCGGAAAUUUUUAUCGUAACUUCCACCGCUGCCGUUGUUGACAACGCAACAGAAGAAAUUCCUGCAUCUACUAUUCCACCAACGUCCAUUACCAUUGGUCCCAUCACAUCAUCCAGCACCAUUACCGAGGAUACCACGACAACUACUCCUGACCUCACCACAUCAUCCAGCACCAUUACCGAGGAUACCACGACAACUACUCCUGACCUCACCACAUCAUCCAGCAUCAUUACCGAGGAUACCACGACAACUACUCCUGACCUCACCACAUCAUCCAGCAUCAUUACCGAGGAUACCACGACAACUACUCCUGACCUCACCACAACAUCCAGCACCAUUACCGAGGAUGCCACAACAUUUACUCCUGUUCCCACCACAACACCCACCACCGUUACCGAAGAUCCAGCCACCUCACCCGGCCCUUUCUUGGAUGGAGCAAGUGGCGUAAUACAAUCAGUACUCAGCGCUGAACUAAAAAAUGUUACCAACAAAGAAAGCUACGCGAAUGAAACCGAGUACUACGUUCAUUCGGCUGACAAUGUUUUAAAUACCCUCAAAAGCGGUGUUAGUAAUGGAAGCAGAAAACUCAGUUUCGAAGACAUCGUUGCAACGUCCAAGUUUUUUGAGGAAUUAGCGGGAACAAAUGUAACUGCUGAUCUACCAGAGGGGGCUCAGAAGGAUGCCAUAAAAACUCUCCUCCAGAUUACAGAUGAAAUUGUAAGUGCUGAAGAAUCUGGUAAGUUAGCCACAUCAGUGGUAGGCGACGGGGGUCAGGAUGCUGCAGCGGCUAUCUACGAAGCACUAGAGGACAUGUACAAUAGCUUACCUCCUGCGGAGGAACCCUACGUGUUUAAUGAUACUACUUGCGUGGCUUUUGUGAAUGUGGUGGAAAUCAACGGUUCUUCGCGGUUCGACGAUCUGAAGUUUCGCACCACCAUGGAUAUCACCGGUUUUGGUCAAGGAACAUUGACUUUGGGUGACGAUAACGAGAAUGCCACUUCCGUGGCAACGAUUGCGUUCAAAGAAGACGUGCUAAGAGAAGCCUUUGAAGAACUGAAACAAACGGCCAAUGAAACAAGCGCGAAAUUCGCAUUCUCAUUGUCAGCUAUGCCGGCAUUUAAGUUCGCCCGCUCUAUUCCGUUGAACGAAGUUCGGGAGAGGUCAAGCCCUUUAGUCCUUUUGGCAUCUGUAGGGAUUAGUCUUAAGCGAAAAGACGUUAUCACCAUUCGGCACAAUAUCGACCAGUUGUUUAAUUAUCCAUCAGGGGCCAAAAGACAUCACGAAUGCAUUUUCCUGGACUAUACGUCUAAAAAAUGGGAGAAAGACGGAUGCAGAUUGUCAGCUAAAUACCCGAAGUGGGAUAGCACGAUUGUGGAAUGCACGUGUGACCAUUUAACGCCCUUCUCCUUGUUAUUGACUUUAUGCGGCAGUCUGUCGAAUUCUUUUGCACCAAACGACGAGUCGUUCACCUUUGAUUUGGUUGUUGUGACCCUAGGGACGACGAUUGUCUCGGCUGUCUGCUGCCUGAUUGCUUUGAUUACCAUAAUAAUGAAAGCUUGGCGAAGAAAAGUCAUCUUUGACGAAAUGACCUUCACGCAGACCGGUCUAUGGAUUGUUCUGUUUGGAAUGUAUUUCUUCAUCAUCUCCUCCCAAAUGAUGGUUUUGAUCCCAGAAAUGUGUGGACAGAAAUUCUGUUUAGCUAACGCCAUUCUUGUACACUGGUUCGCACUGAUGAGUGUCGCGUGGACUGUAGUGCAGACAGUGCGUAUCCUGCGGCUGACGCGCUACCCGGAAGAAUAUGGCCGGGAAUACAUUCCUGGGAGCAGUUACCGUAUUUUCCGAAUCAAGGCCUGGUUGAUAGCGACAGCUAUUCCCUGCGUGUUUCCUUUUCUGGCCUCCUUGCCGCAUUUGUCUGAGAACUUCGCACUAUUCGUUGGUGGUUACGGUUACGCAAACCACGAAAAAUGGUGCUGGCUGGACGGCGAUCACUCGUGGAUUCCAUGGGUGACCUUUAUCGCGCCACUAUCUACUGCAGGGAUACUCAACGUAUCGGCCGUGGUGUUCUACGUUUUUACCACAAAAAAGCGCCAGAAAGAACUGUCAAUACCUUAUAAGCGCGCCAUCACGCAUGCGGAUCCUGUCAGGCGGAAAGUGCAUGGGAUAAUCAUAACUACCGGCUUGAUGGGAUUGAUCUGGUUGUGUUUGUGGCUGGCGCUGUUGUCCUGCUACGUUCAUGAAACUGUGCAGUACGUUUUUGUUCUACUGCUGACCGUGGCCUGUGGAUCGCAGGCCGUUUACAUCAUCAUUUUCCAAGCCAUUAUUCCGGAGAGGCGACCGAAACGAUCAUUACGUUCAUUCUCCAGUUUGAGCGGUACACUAUCAGGCAUCAGCACAGUACCCCAAAGUGACCAUGCGCCGGUCGAACACGUGGAACGCGGACUUUGUGACCUGUGGGUUCUUUGCUGCUGUUUUCGUUGCACCUAA